GAUGCAAUUGAUGGAUUCUCCUCCACCAAUCUUAUUGGCACAGAAAGAUAUGGCUCAGUGUAUAAAGGGUCUCUGCUUCAUGGCAAUGCAGCUGUCGUUGUGAAGGUUUUUAAACUGCAACAAUUAGGAGCUGUCAAGAGUUUCGUAGCUGAAUGUGAUGCUUUAAGAAUCAUCAAACAACGUAAUCUAGUCAAGAUCAUAACAUUGUGCUCGAGUGCUGAUUUUAGAGGUUAUGAUUUCAAAGCUCUGGUUUUUGAAUUCAUGCCUAAUGGGAGUUUAGAUGAAUGGCUGCAUCCAAGAAUCAGCGAGCAGAGAAUGGCAAACAGUUUAAAUUUACUUCAGAGGUUAAACAUAGCCAUUGAUGUUGCUGAAGCAAUGGAUUAUCUUCAUCACAACUGUCAACCACCGGUUGUUCACUGUGAUUUGAAGCCUAGAAAUGUUCUUCUUGAUGCUGACAUGGUUGCUCAUGUAGGGGAUUUUGGGUUGGCAAAAAUCCUUUGUGAAGCUAUAAGCAUAUCCUUGCAAAAUUCAGCAAACUCAACUAACGUCGUUAGGGGAACAAUUGGGUAUGUUGCUCCAG